UUCAAUUUGGGCUUCUAAUUACCGCUAGAUUAACCAAACUGUAGCCUUGAGAUGAAAGCUCUGACAUAAAAUACCAUUUUCAUUGGUCAGGCAGCCAAAAAUAAUCAGCAUGUAGCUUUCAGCUUGAACAUGGAGAUCCAAAGGAUUCUUAGAAAUCAAAAUCAAAUAUAUUCGAUUAAAAACAGUUAACAAAGGAAGGCAUCAAUCAGUCAAACGGAGCAUGUCUCUUACAUUAACCAGAUCCUUGUCCUUUGAGUUAAUUUUCUGAGCAUCAGAUCUCUCGAUUUAAAGUUUCUUUUCUUCCUCCCCUCGGUGCUUGUAUUUUAUGAUUUUAUCUGGAAAUUUGUCCAAGUUGAAAGGCUGCCAUGGGUAGGACUCAAAAAAUUUGAGCUACUAUACUAAUAAGACAAAUAGAGAACUGGCUUCCCAAAAAUGAGAAAUUAUAUGGACCCCACUAUUUUAACUUCCUGCAAGUCCAACCACAACCGCACUUUCCCAUCCAAUCCAUUUUUCAACACCCUCAACUUGCAUCCAUACAGCCAGCCUUGCUAGAAUCGCCAGUCUUGCUAGAAUUGAAUCAAUCUAUUUAAAUUUUCAAGUUGUUAAGAUCAAAGUUUACUUUCUACUUUCAUGUUGCUACUUGAUCUGAUACAUACUUUUUGCCCUACUUCACAAAGCUUUUAUCUCUGAUGCCAGGAACCAUCCAAGUUUCAGGUUCUAAAGCACUUUAUCUUCUUCACCAUAAUUCAAAACUGGCAGUUAUUUUGAUGCUUGUUUUGUUUCAAUCCAGUUCUGGAAUUCAUGGCUUUUCAAUCAUCAUCCUCCAUCUCACAAAUGUCCUUAAAGAGUAUGCGAUGAACUCCAAUUAUUUGUCCUGUUUUUGGGAAUUUCUGCUUUUCUUUCUGGAGAAGAGAAUUCUACUGAUGUUCAUAUUUCAUAAUGCAGUUUCCAUGGGCAAAAGAGAGUACCAAACUUGGGACAAGGGGGAUUUCUUUUUUCCAUUAACAACUCUUCGCAACAAUUUGAUAGUUACACUUCAGGAUGCUCAAGGAAAAGAAAUAUCACAUAUAGUUGUUGAAACCAGGUUGGUGAUUGAGAAAGGCGUUUGGGAUGACAUAUUUCCCUUUGAAGGAGGCGGGCAUGUGCAUAUGAAGUUGCAGUUUGUACUUAAUGAAGAAGACCGCCAGCGUAUCCGGAUCAUGAGAGAAUCAGCAUUGAGAAAGAAGCACGACGAACUUCUCAAUAGUGAACUUAGAAGUCCAACACAUGCUACUACUGUUGGUAGUAAUGUUGCACCAUCUUUAAUGUUCAAUCACGAUGUCUCAGAUUCACACAGAACCCUUCUUCAACGUGAAGUGAUUGAAGCUGGUUUGAGUUCAAUUGUUUGCUCCAUUCUUUUCAAUAAAGGAAAAUCUGGUCGUAAGGAUGUAGAAGGAACUCAUUUCACUAAUGAUCCUAGCAGGAUCAUUUAUUCAGAAGAAGCUUCAUUUCUAGGGAGCUCAGGAUCGGUAGUUGCUGCAAAGAAUCAAGCCCCUGCAGAACUUAAGGCAGAUGAAGCUAAUGACCCAGAGAAGCGGAGCCCACUGGAGAAAACUCCCGGCAAGAUAAGAAAUAUGAUUAGUGCCUUUGAAAAUAGUCUAAAUCAGCAGGAUAUGAGACCUACACCAAUAAAAUCUCAGUCAAGCAAGACUACACACCGUACAGGAGAUGUGCAACAAGCCUCGACACAUAUCAGAAAAAGAGAGGAGCAAAUCGGUUUUGUUAGAGCUCUUGCUGGGUCUACAUCGUCUCAUGAGACAGGUCAAUUGGAGGAGUUAAGAGCUGGACGUAUUCAAGCUAAAGGAAAAAAAAAAGAUUUGAAGGAUAAAGUCAAAGUUAUGCAUAAAGUUGACAUACAGGAAGCAAAUACAUCUUCUGAAAAAUUAGCAAGAGCAUCAACAGGAGAAAGAGCUUCGGUUUCAGGAAGAAUGCUUAUUGAGAAAGGCAUACACUUACUGAGUAACUUGUUCGCCAGGAGAAGACAUUCUGGCGGCAAUCCACUCAAACAAAAGAACGGAAAAGGAAUUCAAGCAGAAGUUUUACAAGAUGCAAACAUUCAAGGUAAUUCAGGAGGUCAACCUCAUUCUUCAGAAUGCUAUGGCGCCUGGAUAUUUCCUGAUGGAGGAAAAGGCCUGUGCAUCACAGCUGGUGGAACACAAAUAAUGGAUCUAAUGAGAAGUGGCCAUGCAGAAGAAAAAGGCCAACUGGGACAGAUGAGUUAUCCCAUAGCAGAAAAUGGGAGAGAGAUUUGCGUGCCUGGUGGCACUGACAUUCAGGGCAAAGCAGGAGACGAGACUUCUCCAAGUCAAAGACACAAGGAAUCAAUAAUUGAGGGUUCAACAGAUGCUGAAACUUCUAGAGGCCCGAUUGGACAGGUGAUGAGAGCGGUGAUCAUGGUUGGGUUUGCAACACUAGUUUUCUUCACCAGACAAAGGAAACCAGAUAACUAAGCUGAUGGAACUAUCCAUUUCCAUUGUCAUCCAGAAAGCAAGGGAACUAUUUAAUUUGUACCCACCAAUUGUUUUAUUGUUAAACGCAUUCUCUUUCGCUGAAUAUACAGAGGCGUGAUUUGAGUCAAUGAGGCCAUUGUACACUCAUUCAAUUGAAAUUUCUCUCGAUUUCACUUUCCUGCUAAUAAAGUCACAAAUAGAGAAGCUCAAAUUCAACCAUUUGUUCAACAUGCUUUAGGAAAAUAGUGGAUGAAUCAAGGGACUCUGGCAAAAGCUAGUUUUUCAAGCCGACAGUCCGGAAUUUUCAGAGAAAAACAGAUUGGUGGGGUAGGGGAUUUUGGGGAAGUAAGCCAAUUCAUAGCAACAUGCAAAGGUAAGGCGAAAAGCUUCGUGUCAAACUUGGCUCUGGAUAAAGGACAAUAAAACGAGAAAUGGAUGCAGAAGAAACACAUGCAGACUGAUGAUCUAGCCCAGUCAGGUGAAAAAUCAUUGCAUUUAGCCGUAAGCAUAGAAGUAAACGAGACAAAAUUUGGCUGAUACAACAACAGUGACUAUACUGGCACGUUCACAAGCAAGCAGAUAUUUAUAUUUUUCAGAACAGAAGCCAUAUGUGCUACUUAGUAAAUAAAUUGAACUUCAAUCAUGCAACUAGCAUGCCUAUUGCUGUCAUACUGGCUCAUUGUAUUGUAUAUAAACAGCAUGUUAGCCACCUCUAUGAAUUAACAGGCUUUCCAUUUAA